AUGUUACAACGAGAACGCCAUUUGGUAGCACACAAAAGUGUGCGGUUGACCUCAUUUCGAAAUUUGACAUUAUGUUUGUUUGGAAUCGCCGCAGGAAUAUUUCUAGUCAACAUUCUUCGCAUCACCAUAAGCCGAAGAAGGAUCUCGUGUGGCUCACACAGACAUGGACAUCCGACCGAGUUCGGGAAGACGACACUGGGCGGAUCACACGACUUGCUAGCUUCCUCUGAAGAAAGAUUCCUUUUUGUGGGUGUAAUGACUACGAGGAAAUUCUUGGCCACACGAGCUUUGGCGAGUAGGCUGACGUGGGUAUCCCGGGUUCCUGGACAAGUUGUUUAUUUCUUGGAAAAGGGCGAGGCAUACCAAGGAGACUUGAAUGUGGUCGAGCUGGACGGCAUUGAAGAAAACGCCUACCCUCCCCAGAAGAAAUCCUUUGCAAUGUUGCAGUACAUCAACCAUCAUUACGCUGAGGAUUAUGAGGUGAUAUCUUAUGUAUCUUUGUUGAUCAAGAAAACGUAUUUGACAGAAUAG